AUGGUUCGAACCCGCUUGGCUGCGGCACGCGUUUUCGCGGAUGAAGUGUCCUACAGGGGCUUCGGCGACUGCUUCUGGAGCACGUGGAGGCAAGGUGGUGUGCGGGGGCUUUACGCUGGCUGCUUUGCCAGCAUGUUGGAAAUUGCACCUUAUAGCGCCAUCGUCUUCACCGCGUACGAAGGCAUUAAGCAGCGGUUGCUGCCGGUCGGCAGCACCGGCGUCCUGCCAUCCGGGCCGCAGAUUCUGGCAGGAGUCACUAGUGGCUUGACUGCCGCAAGCAUCUGCUAUCCGAUGGACACAGUCAGACGACAACUUAUGCUGGACGGAGCACUGGGGUUCGAUGCUAGGUAUGGUGGCAGCCUCUGGAAGUGUUGCAACCAUCUCUGGCGCCAGGGUGGCUUUCCGCUCUUUUAUCGUGGCUGGACAGCUACGCUGCUAAAAGCUGUGCCAACGGUCACGAUCACUUUCCUGACCAAAGAUUUCCUAUCUGAGAUGUUGAAAAGAUCCUGA